CUUAGAAGACAGGGAGACUUGUUACACAAGAUUUUCGCGAUUUCUAUUAUUUAUAAAAGAGGAAUGUAGAAUCAUUAUGAAUUUUCGCAAGGGAGAAUUAAACGGUGUCGGUAUGUGAUGAAAAUUAAGCGCUGGAUCGCUUAAGAUAGUAAACUUAAGAAAUGCAAGGAAGGUUUCGUACACAACGAAUUUUCAUUUUCCACAUUGCGUGUGUUUUGUUAUUAGAACUUGACUUGACCACUGCCCAGUGUAAUUGUUCGACCGACUGUGUGACUAAUUGUGCUGCUGGACAGUACUAUAGUAGUAGCUCAUCAUCAUGUGUCACGUGUGAGACCGGUCAUUAUUGUGUGGGAGGGGUGACUGGUAUGCAGGCAUGUUCUGCUGGUAGAGCCAAUCCAAACUCUGGAUCCUCCACUUCUGGUGCUUGUGUGCCUUGUAAUGCUGAUGAAAUAAGUACAGCAGGGUCAUCUGCAUGUAUCAAAUGUCCAGCAGGUUACAGCUGUACCUUUCAGACUACUCAGACAGCUUGUAAUACCCAGGAAUACUCACUGGAAGGGGAGACAACUUGUACUGCAUGUCCUACAGGAUCAAUAUGUCCCAAUGCAGCCCAGGCUCCACAGGACUGCCCAGCUGGUAAGGAGCCAAACACUGGCCAGACAGCAUGUGUAGACUGUUCAGCAGGGACCUACAGUUCUGUCUCAGAUAACUCGUGUCAGACAUGUCCUAAAGGAUCAAAAUGCCCUACAUCUGGUAUGACAGCCCAUACAGUGUGUCCGGCGGGGGAGUAUCAGGAUAACACAGGUCGAACAUCGUGUAAUGCGUGUACCGCAGGACAUGAGUGUUCUGAUCCGACCAUUGCUCCUGUCCAGUGUAACGCAGGAUUCUAUGCACCAGCCAACUCAGUGACGUGUACACCAUGUGCAACAGGCACAUAUAGCAACAGUGCAGGAUCGAGCUCUUGUUCUGAGUGUCCAGCAGGCAAAGAUUGCUCUGACCCGGCACUGACCCCCACAGAUUGCCCUGCAGGGACCUACAGUGCCCUGAACAUUACUGCAUGUACCCCAUGUCCAGCAGGACAUUACAGUACUGCAGGGUCAGAUAGUUGUACAGUUUGCCCUGCAGGCAAGAAUUGUUCCAGUAGUGUUGGUGUUCCAUCUGAUUGUCCAGAAAUGACCUACAGCACUGUGGGCAGUAGUGGCUGUACAGCCUGUUCUUCAGGAUACUACAGUACAACUGGAUCAGGAAGCUGUACAAUCUGUCCCUCAGGGAAAUCCUGUCAAACAGCCACUCCCAGUGAUUGUCCCCCAGGAUCUUACAGCCAAGAAGGAGAUGGAGUGUGCACAAAUUGUGCUGUUGGAUAUUACAGCAGCAGUCCUGGUGCUUCUUCCUGCAUGGUGUGUGCUGCAGGCAUGUCUUGUAGCUCCAAUUCCAGCCAGCCUUGUGCUGCUGGCACAUAUGGUGUGGAGGGGGAAAUGUCCUGUCGUCCCUGUUCUGGUGGUCAUUACAGUGAGUUGGGGGCCAGUAAUUGUAGUGUGUGCCCUGGAGGUAAAGACUGUAGCAGUGCAGCAGGAGUUCCCCCUGACUGUGUGGCUGGUCAGUACAGUGUAGAGGGAGAUUCAGGCUGUACCAACUGUCCCUCAGGCACAUAUAGCAACAGUGCAGGUUCUAGCUCUUGUUCUGAGUGUCCAGCUGGCAAAGAUUGCUCUGACCCUGCCCUGACCCCCACAGAUUGCCCUGCAGGGACCUACAGUGCCCUGAACAUUACUGCCUGUACCCCAUGUCCAGCAGGGCAUUAUAGUACUGCAGGCUCAGAUAGUUGUACAGUUUGCCCUGCAGGCAAGAAUUGUUCCAGUAGUGUUGGUGUUCCAUCUGAUUGUCCAGAAAUGACCUACAGCACUGUGGGCAGUAGUGGCUGUACAGCCUGUUCUUCAGGAUACUACAGUACAGCUGGAUCAGGAAGCUGUACAAUCUGUCCCUCAGGGAAAUCCUGUCAAACAGCCACUCCCAGUGAUUGUCCCCCAGGAACCUACAGUCAACAAGGAGAUGGAGUGUGCACAAAUUGUGCUGUUGGAUAUUACAGCAGCAGUCCUGGUGCUUCUUCCUGCACAGUAUGUGCUGCAGGCAUGUCUUGUAGCUCCAAUUCCAGCCAGCCUUGUGCUGCUGGCACAUAUGGUGUGGAGGAGGAAAUGUCCUGUCGUCCGUGUUCUAGUGGUCAUUACAGUGAGUCGGGGGCCAGUAAUUGUAGUGUGUGCCCUGGAGGUAAAGACUGUAGCAGUGCAGCAGGAGUUCCCCCUGACUGUGUGGCUGGUCAGUACAGUGUAGAGGGAGAUUCAGGCUGUACCAAUUGUCCCUCAGGAAUGUACAGCAACAGUGCAGGUUCCAGCUCUUGUUCUGAGUGUCCAGCAGGCAAAGAUUGCUCUGACCCGGCCCUGACCCCCACAGAUUGCCCUGCAGGGACUUACAGUGCCCUGAACAUUACUGCCUGUACCCCAUGUCCAGCAGGGCAUUACAGUAUUGCAGGGUCAGAUAGUUGUACAGUUUGCCCUGCAGGCAAGAAUUGUUCCAGUAGUGUUGGUGUUCCAUCUGAUUGUCCAGAAAUGACCUACAGCACUGUGGGCAGUAGUGGCUGUACAGCUUGUUCUUUAGGAUACUACAGUGCAGCUGGAUCAGGAAGCUGUACAAUCUGUCCCUCAGGGAAAUCCUGUCAAACAGCCACCCCCAGUGAUUGUCCCCCAGGAACCUUUAGCCAAGAAGGAGAUGGAGUGUGCACAAAUUGUGCUGUUGGAUACUACAGCAGCAGUCCUGGUGCUUCUUCCUGCACAGUGUGUGCUGCAGGCUUGUCUUGUAGCUCCAAUUCCAGCCAGCCUUGUGCUGCUGGUACAUAUGGUGUGGAGGGGGAGUUGUCCUGUCGUCCCUGUUCUAGUGGUCAUUACAGUGAGUCGGGGGCCAGUAAUUGUAGUGUGUGCCCUGGAGGUAAAGACUGUAGCAGUGCAGCAGGAGUUCCCCCUGACUGUGUGGCUGGUCAGUACAGUGUAGAAGGAAAUUCAGGAUGUAACAACUGUUCAUCAGGUUUCUACAGCAGCUCAGCAGGUGCUACAAGUUGUACGCAGUGUACAGCUGGACAUUUCUGUACCGCCUCCACUCAAACAAACUGUGGUGCCACAAAAUACAGCAGUGCAGGAGCCACAGCAUGCAGUGACUGCCCGGCAGGAUUUGCUUGUCCUGGCUCCACCACAUCAACCCCCACUCAGUGUAUAGCAGGAAAAUACUCAGGAACCAAAGCCUCAUCCUGCACCAGUUGUGAUCAGGGGUACCAGUGUCCUGUAGAUGGUAUGACAGCCCCUGAGGCUUGUGGGAAUGGAACUUAUGCUCCCUCAGCUGGUGCCACUGCCUGUACACUUUGUCCAGCUGGUCAGAAAUGCCCUGAUGUUACAUCAGCAGCCAUUGACUGUGUACAAGGAAAGUACAGUCCUGAGGGUUCAUCCUACUGUUAUGACUGUCAAGACGGCUGGUACGCUGAUUCAGUGAAGUCCACCACAUGUACAGAGUGCCCUGUGGGAUCAGCUUGUCCAACCAAGAAUACAGCACCCACACAGUGUGGACCUGGAGAGUACAGUUCUGCUGGCCAGACAUCCUGUACUCAGUGUGCAGUAGGGACGUACAAAACAGGAAGUGGGGCAGGCAGCUGUGCACCAUGUGAGGCUGGCUAUGAGUGUCCAACAACCACUGCUAGAUCUGCAUGCAGCAGUGGCUACUACUCCCUGGGAGGGAACACAGCCUGUAUCCCCUGUCCGGGGGGUUAUUCCUGUGCCAGUACCAGCUCCAGCCCAGUGUUAUGUACAGCGGGAAACUAUGCCAACAACGCAAGCACUUCCUGUACUCCAUGUGCCGCUGGAUAUUACUGUCCCACUGACGCCAUGUCUGAACCCCUGGCUUGUCCUACAGGCUUCUUCCAAACCAGCACCGGCCAGACAAGCUGCACUGAGUGUGGACAAGGUUAUAAAUGCCCAAACAAGACUGUGACCCAGGAAGCUUGUCCCAAAGGAGAGUACCAAGAUGGCAGAGGCAUGGAAUCUUGUAAAUCUUGUCCCUCUGGUUACUAUGCCGACACUACAGGGAAGGUGACCUGUACCAUUUGUCCCGCAGGGUCCAGCUGUUCUGAUCCCACCGUAGCUCCUGUACCCUGUCCCAGUGGCCAGUAUUCCCUUGCUGGUGCCACAUCCUGUACUACCUGUCCUGCUGGGUAUGCAUGUUCUUCAGGUACCCAGACAGCCUGCACAAGUGGACAAUACUCCAAUGGGACCCACUGUCUGGGCUGUCCAGCUGGUACAUACUGUGCCUCCCCAACUCUGGGCAGUGUGGUGUGUAGUAAUGGUCAGUACCAGCCCAGCACUGGUCAGACCUCCUGUCUCCAGUGUCCCAGUGGUCAGUCCUGUUUGGAUAAAACAGCUGCUCCUGUAGAUUGUAUUGGAGGAUACUUCAGCUUGGCUGGGGAAGAAACAUGCACUAAAUGUCCUGAUGGUUACUAUAGCUUGGCUCAGGCUGGAUCCUGUACUCAGUGCCCCGCUGGACAGAAAUGUUUCGAUGGAUCAAACUUUAUUUCUCCCACUAACUGUAAUGCAGGGUAUUACAGUGCUCUAGGACAGACAACAUGUACAAUCUGUGAAGCAGGAUACACAAGUUCUGCAGCGGCGUCUUCCUGUUCCCAAUGUUCAGCAGGAUUUCAGUGUCUGGAUCCUACCAAUCCAGUCGCUUGUACAAGUGGUUAUUACAGUCUGUCUGGAAAGACAACAUCCUGUACCCAGUGUCCUGCUGGAUUUUCCUGUAGUGCAAACAACGUUUCCCCAGUAGCAUGCCCCAGUGGUACUUACUCCAAUGCAGGACAGACAUCUUGUACAGCCUGCCCAGCAGGAUCAACUUGUGACGGAGGGUCACCCACCAGUUGUGGGACAGGAUAUUACAGUCCUUCAGGUUCUGGCUGCAGUAUUUGCCCUGCCGGUUCAGAGUGCAGUGGAAGCACAGCUACCCCAUGUACUUCUGGAUACUACAGUCUAUCUGGAGAGAUGAAUUGUACCAUAUGUCCAGCCGGUAAAAUGUGCCCCUUCCCUUCCAUCUCCCCCAUCAAUUGUCCUAGCGGUACACACACACAGAAUUUGGAGGGACAGACCUCAUGUACUGACUGUGCAGCCGGAUUUUACUGUCCAGCUAAUGCCCCAAAUCAGAUUGCCUGUGCCUCUGGAGAAUAUUCCCUGGUAAAAUCCACAUCCUGUACAGCUUGUCCAGCAGGCUACUCCUGUGCCACCACUUCAGCCUCUCCUGUCGUCUGUGCUGCAGGCACUUACUCAACUGGAGGUGCUACCACUUGUACAAGCUGUGCCGCAGGUCAGGCCUGUCCAUCUACCUCAUCCGCAUCAAACAAUUAUCCAUGUCCUUCAGGGAGUUAUUCUACUGGUUCCCAGUCUUCCUGCACACUCUGCACUGCUGGUAAAGCCUGUGCAUCAACCACAUCAAACGUAGAGACUCCCUGUAACGCUGGAGAGUACGCCUUUGCUGGGUCUGCUACCUGUACAGCGUGUGAAGCAGGAUGGGAGUGUCCCAAUGUAGAUGGUAGUCAGAAUGCCCAGUGUCUGCCAGGAACCUACUCUGUUGGAAGUCAGACAUCAUGUACCCAGUGUAAUGCAGGGAAAGCUUGCCCACUCACAAACAGUGCUUCUUUUAUCACUUGUACUGCAGGCUCUUAUGCUCUAGCUGGAAGUACCACAUGUACGGAGUGUCCACCAGGGUAUGAAUGUCCAUCUACGACAACCAAUACAGAGACCAAAUGUGCUGAUGGUUACUACAGUGAAGGAAGAAGAGCUGCUUGUGUGGAGUGCACAGCUGGUUACGAAUGUCCCACCAUUUAUGACAGUUACUCAGUGGUGUGUGCUGCUGGUUAUUAUUCCCUAGCUGGAGCCAAAGAAUGCACUGUAUGUCCUGCUGGAGAGAAAUGUCCUUCUACCACUAGUGCAGGGACAACAUGUGGUGCUGGUACAUACAGUUUAGGUGGACAGACUACUUGUACACAGUGUCCAGCUGGUUACUACUGUGCCAAUAAUAACCAGAAACCAGUCAUAUGUGGUGUGGGUAAAUACAGUGCUGCAGGAGCCACGGCAUGUACUGAUUGUGAUGCUGGGUUCUUCUGUCCUGCAGGAAGCAUUCAAAAAGACCCACCCUCAGCUGUUUGUUCACUGGGAUACUACUGUACGGCAGGUGCAACUGUUGAAACACCCUGUGAUAUGGGAAAAUAUGGUGCAACCAAAGGACUCACAGCUGCAGCUGAUUGCACUGACUGUCCUCAAGGAUUUUACUGCCCUGCGGGAACUGCUGGUGUCCCAACCAACAGUCUCAUAUGUCCAAGGGGGCAUUACUGUCCAACAAAUACAGGGGAUUACAAAGCUAGUCCUUGUCCUCAUGGCAAAUUUUACAGUGGUUUGGGUGCAGUUAAAGUUGAUGAAUGUGUUGAUUGUCCAGCUGGAAGAUACUGCCCUCCUGGUACAGAUGAUCCUAUGUAUGAUGGAUACAUUUGCCCUAGAGGAUCUUAUUGCCCGCAAGGAUCAGGAACAGCACCAAUAAACUGCCCAGCUGGUAAAUACACAGAAGAGGAAGGAGCAAUAGGAUUGCAGAGCUGUAAAUCUUGCCCUGCUGGACAUUACUGUACAUCUGGAACCCAUACACCAACUCCUUGUAGUCCAGGAAAAUUCAAUGAAUUUACAGAGAGAGGAGCAGCAACAGAUUGCCAGGAUUGUAUUGCUGGACAAGCCUGUACUAAACAUGGACUUGCUAAACCAGAUUAUCCAUGUUCACCAGGGUAUUACUGUCCAGGAGGAAACCACCUACCCAACCAACCAGAAUAUGCCUGUCCCGCUGGAACAUUCACCGACUUUAAGAACCUGACAGCCCAGUCCCAGUGUGAGACCUGUAGAUCAACCAAGGCCUGUCUGGUGGGAACUGGAGGACAGCAGAAACCACCGGUUCCUUGUGGUCAGGGCCACUUCUGUCCGGACGGAACAGCUUCUCCGACACAGUAUCCCUGUCCAGCGGGAACUUACACCAACUUGACCAAUCUGUACAAGGUGGAGCAGUGUACCAUCUGUCCCCGGGGCUGGUACUGCUUGGAGGGAUCGGCCACACCCACUGAUCUGUGUGCCAAGGGACAUUGGUGUCCAGAUGGUACCCCCACAGCCACCACUAACCCCUGUCAUGCCGGGUCCUACAGCAACAAGACAGGGAACACGGCCUGGGAGCAGUGUGAUGAUUGUCCCGAGGGUCACUACUGUCCACAGGCAUCUGUACUACCCACAGCCUGCCCCGCUGGAAAAUACAACAAUCAGAUCAAGGGUGAGAACAUCACUUACUGUGUGGACUGUACUGCGGGAUAUUACUGCCCAGGGACUGGUAACGUGGACCCCAUCAUCUGUGACAAGGGAAAUUACUCUGACUCCGGAGCCUCGGCCUGUACCACAUGUGAAGCUGGCUACUACUGUAAUCUGAAUGCCACCAGUAUGACCUUCAUGUACAGUGACCGAAUCUGUCCAGCUGGUCUGGAAUGUCCACCAGGAAUGACCAGGGCACCAGAACUUGUCACAGAUAAAUGUCGCAAAGGUCACUACUGUCCAAAGGGAGAUGUUAAUCCUUACCCCGUGCCUUGUCCUAAUGGAACAUUCAAUGCUGAAUACGGCCUUAAACAGGUAUCAGAAUGUCAACAGUGUACACCAGGUAUGUACUGUAUACCGGAGGGAUUAUCUACCCCUGCUGGGGACUGUCCAGGAGGUUAUUACUGUCCGCUGGGUACAGCUGCACCUGAUUCUUAUCCUUGUCCCAUUGGAUUCUACAGAAAUGGUUCAGCAAAGGAGUCAUUCCAAGACUGCGCUGAAUGUAUUUCUGGUUAUUACUGUGAUAGAGAGGGACUAGCCAUUCCCAUUGAUUGCCCUGCUGGAUCUUUCUGUGUCAGUGGAAGCACUUUCCCACAGCCCUGUGCCCUGGGAACCUACAGCAAUUCCACAGGUCUACGUAGGAGUACCGACUGCACCCCUUGUCCUGGGGGUUAUUAUUGUGAUGGCAUAGGACGAACUGCUCCAACAGAUGUGUGUGAUCCAGGAUUUUACUGUAGAGAGAAGGCCUACUCCUCAGCCCCUCCUGAUGGCCUCACAGGAGGGCUGUGCCCUGCAGGAGGUUACUGCCCAGCUGGGUCUGCCACUCCCACUUCAUGUCCUGUAGGGGAGUACAGUAAAAGUCCUGGAGCUAAGACCAAGUUUGACUGUAUUCCCUGUGACCCUGGGUAUUAUUGUGCUGGUUCUAGUAGUACUUCAGCCUCAUCCAUGUGUGCUGCUGGGUUUUAUUGUACUGGAGGAUCAGGAGUACCCACCCAGUACUCCACCCCGGCUGGUCACUACACAAAAGAAGGAGCCUUCAAACCAGAGCCCUGUCCUGCUGGCCAAUUCCAGCUUGCCAAAGAGUCAUCUCAAUGUGAAUUGUGUAGCCAGGGUUACUACUGUAAUGGAACUGGAACAGUUGAUCAGAUUUUGUGUCCAAGAGGAUACUAUUGUCCUGAAGGCAGUAGCUAUCCUACACCUUGUCCUCGAGGAACAUUCCUGAAGGAUACUGGGAAGUAUGAGGUGGGCCACUGUGAUCCUUGUACCACUGGUUAUGCCUGUGAUUCUGUAGGACUUCCUGAGGCUGUGACUCCUUGCUCUGCGGGACAUUACUGUACAUUAGGAUCUAACAUGACUGAUCCUGUAGGACAAACUUUCGGUGAUUUCUGUCCGCCUGGCUAUUAUUGUCCUGAGGGCACAGGAGACUAUCAGCAUUAUCCUUGUGCAAACGGAACAUACAGUGCUUACACAGGUAACAUGGGAGAGAGUAACUGCACUGCCUGUGAUGGAGGUAAAGCUUGUGUUGGGGCCGGUCUGACUGCCCCCAAUAGGAACUGUUCAGCUGGGUAUUACUGUAAGUCAGGGGCCUACUCAGACACACCUAUGGAUGGAGGAGCCACUGGUGACCCAUGUACCAAGGGUCACUACUGUCCGGAGGGCACCAGCACUCCCCUGGCCUGUCCAGCAGGGUCCUACAUGAACACCACAGGGUACUCCUACUGUUUCGACUGUCCAGCAGGAUUUUUCUGUGUUUCGGGAGAAGUAGACCCCUUGAGGUGCCCCAGAGGAAGAUAUUGCCCUGGUAACACUACAGCUGAUCAACCACCCUGUCCUACAGGCACAUACAACCCAGAUUAUGGAAUGACCAAGGAAUCAGACUGCCUGCCUUGUUCUGGAGGGUACUAUUGUUACAAACUUGGUGCCAUUAAUUUUGACUUCAGCUUGAAUGACACAGGAACAGGCCAGUGUGGUGCAGGGUAUUACUGUAAAUCAGGAGUAAAUGUGAGUACCCCCACUCCUGCUACCACCAGUGGUAUUGGAGGCCCCUGUCCCCCGGGAUUCUACUGUCCAGUACAAACAGAGGAUCCUGUCUCCUGCCCCAAUGGUACCUACAGAGACCUGCCCCAGGGAGAGAAGGUGGAGGACUGCUGGCCGUGUAAACUAGGACAUUACUGUGGAACAAAGAACCUUACUGAUGCUACAGGACCAUGUUCUAAAGGAUUCUACUGCUACAGAGGGAACAAUGUCCCAACACCAAUAGGAGAUCAGCCUGAUAUAGGAGGUCCAUGUCCUGUCUCUCACUACUGCCCAGAAGGAACCUCCACCCCUCUGGCUUGUCCCUCGGGCACCUACAACAAUCUGACCGGUCAGUGGAACUGUACAGAAUGUCCCGCGGGCUUCUACUGUAAUGAAAACACAACCACCUAUGAACCCUUCCCUUGUCCCAUGGGAUAUUAUUGUCCCAAUGGAACCAAGAAUGCCAAUGAGUAUCCUUGUCCCAAGGGAACUUACCGUGACACUUUGAUGGGACAGAGUGAGUCAGAUUGUCUCCCUUGUACAGCUGGAAACUACUGUGGAACACAAGGUCUCAGUGCUGUGUCAGGCCAGUGUACUGCAGGCUAUUUCUGUGUCCUUGGUGCCUGGUCAGCCACACCAACAGACUACAACAAUUUUACAUCAGGAGACUGUCUAUGUCCAGCUAACAGCACUGGGGGGAUAUGUCAGCCAGGUUACUACUGUCCCACAGGAUCCAGGGAACCCACAGUGUGUGAUGAAGGCCACUACUGCGACACACCAGGUUUGGCCUCCACUGCUGGUCAGUGCCAGGCUGGAUACUAUUGUGCUGGACGAGCUGACCGGCAGGAUCCUACUGAUGGAGUCACAGGAAAUAUCUGUCCACCGGGAAGAUAUUGUGGAGUUGGAACCACGAGCAAUCAACCAAAAUGUCCAACAGGCACCUUUUCGAACAAGACAGGGAACACUCUGACAUCAGAUUGUACGCCGUGUACUCAGGGAUACUACUGCCAGAAUGAGGGGCUGACAGAACCCACUGGACCAUGUGAUGCAGGAUACUACUGUCCGACUGGUCAGAACAUGAGUAAUCCUUUCGUUUGUUUGGCUGGUUUCUACUGCCCAGUGGGAAGUUUUGAACAGAUCAAAUGUCCAUCUGGUCAGUACCAAGACCAACAAGGCCAGGCAUCCUGUAAAACAUGUCCACCAGGCUAUUACUGUGACAUUGCUAACUCCCCUGUAAUUACCUACACCCCCUACCCCUGUCCACUGGGUCACUAUUGUCCUAAUGGCACAGAGUCCAGCACUCACUACCCCUGUCCAGCGGGAACUUACAAUCCAUACACAAAACUCCGAGAUGUCACGGAUUGUACAGCAUGUGAUGCCGGGAAAUAUUGUGGAACUAAUGGACUUACUGCAGUCACAGGUGACUGUUUGGCUCAGUAUUGGUGUAUAAAUGGAUCUUCUACCUCCACGCCCACUGAUGGGGUCACAGGUCAACUAUGUCCAGCUGGCCAUUACUGUGUACAGGGAACCCCCGUCCCUACUCCUUGUCCACUAGGUACCUGGUCCAACAGUACUGGUCUGGCACUGGCUGGAGAAUGUACUGACUGCUCAGGAGGGCAAUAUUGUGACACCACAGGGCUGACUUCACCCACAGGGCCAUGUUCUCCAGGGUACUACUGCGCAGGAAAAUCCAUCACAGCCACACCAAAUGACACCACAACUGGAGACCCCUGUACAAUAGGGCACUACUGCCCAGAGGGCACCGCGGUCCCAGUACCUUGUCCAGACGGGAAGUACAUGACCAACACUGGUGCUGCUGAAUGCUGGAACUGCACACCAGGGCAUUAUUGUAUCACUGGUUUGACUCCUGAUGAUUGCCCUCCUGGAUAUUACUGCCCAGAAGGCACAGGGCAGAUCUGGCAAUCUUGCCCUCUGGGAACCUUCAGUACUUCCACAGGCCUCUGGGAUGCAGAUAACUGUACACAGUGUACCGGAGGCUGGUAUUGUGAUAAACUUAAUGCUACAACAGUGGCUGGUAAAUGUAAUGCUGGGUACUACUGUACCUCAGGAUCAAACACACCGUCACCAGACGUCAACAAUACUGGGGUCGCUGGACCGUGUCCAACAGGUCAUUAUUGCCCUCAACAGACCACCACACCUCUACCCUGUCCACUGGGAACCUUUAACAACCAGACUAAAUUAACACUGCAGUCAGAAUGCACACCUUGUUCUUAUGGAAAAUACUGUGGGUCAACAGGUCUCACUGAGCCCUCUGGAGAUUGCUGGGCUGGAUUCUACUGUCUCCAGGGAGCUCAGUCACCAAACAAUCCAGUGGUAGAUGCCACAGGAGGGCCCUGUCCUAUUGGCAGUUAUUGUCCUAAUGGAACCUCGUAUCCACUGGGAUGCCCAGCAGGAACAUACAAUCCAUCCACCGGACUGGCUGAAUGUAUACAAUGUCCAGCAGGCUACUACUGCCCUGAAAAUUCUACCAACUAUGUAGGAAAUGACUGUCCCAAGGGUCACUACUGUCUGGCAGGAACUGGUAGCAUGAACCAAUACCCAUGUAGUAUAGGUACCUAUAAUGACUAUACAGGCAAGCAGUCCAGUGCUGACUGUGUGCCUUGUGAUCCUGGUAAAUAUUGUGCCACGCCCGGACUCUCCCUCCCCACAGGAGACUGUUUGGCAGGGUGGUACUGUGUGCGGGGGGCAUCCUCCAACCAGCCCACUGACAUCACCAUAUUUAACUACACCAUGUCUUCCUGUUUCUGUCCUGUCAACCAAACAGGAGGAAAAUGUCAGCCAGGAGAGUAUUGUCCAACAGGCUCAGAUCAACCCCAGUCCUGCCUUCCAGGAUACUACUGUGGCUCUGCUGGAUUGGCCAAUGUCACAGGGCCAUGUGAUGCUGGCUACUACUGCACACUGGGAGCGACACGAUCAGACCCCCAGAAUGAUGCCACAGGGGGCACCUGUCCUACUGGUCACUACUGUCCUCAGGGGACUGGUGUCCCUCAGGGCUGUCCUCCUGGCUACUUCUCAAACGCCACUGGGAAUGUGGACUUCUCUGGCUGUAAACUCUGUACUGCAGGUUCUUACUGUGAGACAACUGGACUCUCAGCCCCUACUGGUGACUGUUCUAUUGGGUACUACUGUCCAGCGGGCCAGAACGUCAGUAACCCCACAGCUUACGUGUGUACCCCUGGUCAUUACUGUCCAGCUGGGAGUCCCUCAGAGGUCUCCUGUCCCUCUGGCUCAUACCAAAAUCAACUAGGACAGGGAUCUUGUAAGAAUUGCCCAGAAGGGUAUUACUGUGAUGGCACUAUACAAAACAGUACCUUCUGUUCUACUGGUGUCCAAAACCCCACACCUUGUCAACCAGGCUACUAUUGUCCCAAUGGAACUAAAUACUCCACCGAGUUUGGCUGUCCUAACGGUACAUACAGUGACCAGUCUUACCUGAAGAUGGCUAGUGAGUGUAUCACCUGCCCGGGAGGCAAGUACUGUGGACAGGAAGGUCUAUCAGCGCCCUCUGGUGACUGUCAUGGUGGCUACGUCUGUAUACUGGGGGCCUACACUGCCACACCCACCGAUGGCACCACUGGCAAGAUCUGUGAUGCUGGAGCAUACUGUCCUGUAGGAUCCAAUAGCACCACCCUGUGUCCAGCCGGAACAUACAGUCCCACUCAAGGUCUGCAGUACCUAACUGAGUGUACUGGGUGUACUCCAGGAAUGUUUUGUCCAAACAAUGGAAUGACAGCUCCUCAAGGAAACUGUUCUGCUCAGUACUACUGUGCUGGUAAUGCCACGACAGCCACGCCUACCGAUGGAGUGACUGGUAAUGUUUGUCCAGUGGGACAUUACUGCCCAGAGGGAACACCCACUGCCAUUCCAUGUGACCCAGGCUAUUACACAGACACCACCCACAACUCAGUGUGUCAGAUUUGCCCCGCUGGUAAAUACUGCACAACAGGGUCUAAUCCUCAGGCCUGUCCAGCUGGGUUCUACUGUCCUGAGGGAACAGGACAUGUCUGGCAAACCUGUCCAGCAGGAACAUUCAAUCCAAGCACAGGACUGUCCAACGUCACUGAAUGUACUCAAUGUACCGGAGGAUUCUACUGCGAUGUGACCAAUCUGACUGCAGUUGCAGGUCCCUGUGCCGCAGGGUACUUCUGCAGAAGUGGAUCAGAUGAUGAGACACCAAGUGGCUCCACGGCUGGAGAUGCAGGGCCCUGUCCAAUUGGUCACUAUUGUACACUACAAACUCAGGACCCAAUGCCAUGCCCAGCUGGAACCUUCAACAACCGUACGAUGCUCCAAGCUGAAUCUGAGUGCCAACAGUGUACACCUGGAUACUAUUGUGACGUUCCAGGUCUGGAGUACCCAACUGGAAUCUGUAAUCCUGGCUUCUUCUGUGCUGGAGGUUCUAAUUCAUCCAGUCCUUCUACCACUGAUGCCACCGGAGGACCGUGUCCAGCAGGCACUUACUGUCCAGCAGGAACCAGUGUAGCCAUCAACUGUACAGCAGGCACCUACUCCCUGACUGACCAGCAGUCUAACUGCACAACAUGUCCCAGUGGUUAUUACUGUCCAUCUGGGAGCAGCAGCAUUACUGCCUGUCCUCAAGGUUACUACUGUCCACUGGCCACAGAGUUUGCCUACCAAUAUCCAUGUCCAAAUGGUACAUACAACAAUAUAACAGGAGCCCAGGAUUCUAGUCUCUGUCAGAUCUGCCCUCCAGGGGAGUACUGCCCUACCCCGGGGCUGGGCCUACCCGCUGGGAAGUGUUCUGGAGGCUGGUACUGUACCUCUGGCUCCUGGUCCAGUCAGCCAGCAGUUUUAGGUAAUGACACUGGUUCUACCUGUGACUGCCCGGCUCAGAGUAUUGGUGGGAAAUGCCAGGCGGGUACCUUCUGUCCAGAAGGAUCCUCAGCUCCUACCUCCUGUCUCGGAGGACAUUAUUGUGAUGUGGCGGGUCUAGAUAAUGUUACUGGAGAGUGUUUACCAGGAUAUUACUGCAGUGGAGGUGCCAUUUUAAUGAAUCCUAUCAAUGAAACAUAUGGCGACAUCUGUCCUAAGGGACACUACUGUCCUCAGGCCAGUUCUUAUGCAAUACCCUGUGCUGAAGGAACAUUUAACAACUGGUUUGGAGCUUACAACAUCUCCACAUGUCUGCCAUGCACAGCUGGCAAGUACUGUUCAGGAACAGGUAGAGCACUGCCUAAUGAUGACUGUGACAUGGGAUGGUAUUGUCCUGAAGGUUCUAUUGUUCCACAGCCUCCAGGAAAACAAUGCCUGGCAGGGCAUAUGUGUCCUAAGGGCAGUCCUUCACAGACUCCCUGCUCCUCUGGAUAUUAUCAACCUCUUCCUGGACAGGGGGCUUGUACAGAGUGCCCUGCUGGAAAAUACUGCUCUCAGACUGAGGCUAUUGCAGAACAACAAAGUGGAUUGAAUGCUUCCUCACAUGGAGUUGUCACACCAAAAGACUGUCCCUCAGGAUUCUACUGUCCUAAUGGUACACAGACUGACAGAGAAAACCCCUGUCCUGUGGGGACAUAUAGUAACACCACGGGUCUGGAGAGUGUGGCGGAGUGUACCGACUGCCCACCAGGUUAUUACUGCGACUCCGAGAACAUCACGGAACCAUCCGGACAAUGUUUUGCGGGGUAUUAUUGUGUCUUGAAGUCUGCCUCUCCCACUCCAUCACUGUCAGCUGCUGGUGGCCCCUGUCCCCAGGGAUCCUACUGUGAGGUGGGCUGGUCCUACCCCACACCUUGUCCCAAGGGAACCUAUGGAGAUAGAGAGCAGCUUCCAUCUUUGAAUGACUGUACAUUCUGUCCACCUGGAGACUACUGUUCCUCUUCCAAUCUGAAUGCUUCCACAGGGUCUUGUUUGGCUGGGUACUACUGCACUAAUGGAUCAGAGGAGGCCAAUCCAGUGGGUAAAACAUAUGGUGAUGAGUGCCCAGCUGGUCACUACUGUCCAGAAAAAAGUUACCAGCCCACAGCCUGCCCAGUAGGGACCUACAAUCCCAGCAACAGAAGCACCAACCAGACAGCAUGUCUGUCCUGUGACCCCGGUAAAUUCUGUAAUAGUACAGGACUAUCUGCAGUGUCAGGGGACUGCCUGGAUGGAUUCUAUUGUACUGGAGGAGCUAGUUCUUCUGCUCCCUAUGAUGGAACAACUGGAAACAUUUGUCCUGCUGGGUCCUACUGCCCUGCAGGGUCUCCACAGCACCUGUUCUGUCCCAACGGCACCUACACUAACCACACAGGGGCUUCCUCCUGUUACGAUUGUCCAGAGGGUUAUUACUGUGUGAACAAAGACCGGGCUGACCUGUGCCCACCUGGGUAUUACUGCCCGUACCAGACAGGAGCAGACCUCCAGCCCUGUCCGGCAGGAACCUACAACCCAGUGUCUGGCUUGGCCAAUGUCAGUCAGUGUACACAGUGUGAUGGAGGGAAGUACUGCCAGGUGCCAGGUCUCUCUGCUGUCAGUGGAAACUGUAACUCAGGAUUCUUCUGUACAUCUGAAAUUUAUUUUAACAUUUUGUAUAGGACACAGCCAGUCCUGCAGGGUAGUAAAACUGCUAUUCACUCGGAUAAAAUAAAUUCUACAUAUGACAGUACAGGCCAGACAAACUGUACCCUGUGUCCUCUGGGUUACUACUGUGUGGAGAACUCCACUGCCUUCUCAGAGCAGCUGUGUCCCCCAGGCUAUUACUGUCCAGUGGGUACCAGUAAUCCAUACCAGUACCCCUGUCCUAAAGGAACUUACAACCCAGUCAAUGCCAGCCACUCACUCAGUGACUGUCUUACCUGUCCACCAGGACAAUACUGCCAGUCUGAUGGUCUUGGUGCCACCUCUGGAAACUGCACUGCUGGGUGGUACUGUACAGGUGGUUCCUACAUGGCUCAACCCACCACCACUGCCAACCAGACCAACCUACCAGACUGUACCUGUCCGUUAGCCAACUACACAGGUGGGCAGUGCUGGCCAGGUACCUACUGUCCCAGCGGAACAAACUACCCAGUUAACUGUGAUCCCGGGAAGUACUGUAUGCAGUCUGGAUUAUCUGCCCCUGAAGGUGACUGUGAUGCUGGAUACUACUGUAAUGCUAGUAGCACUCGUCCUGACCCCCCAGGAAAUGAGUGCCCCGCCGGGUAUUACUGUGAGGCAGGGUCAGGAACCCCCACACCAUGUCCAGCUGGGACAAUGUCCAACACAGGGGGAAAUACAAAUUCCAGUAACUGUCUCCAGUGUACUCCAGGUUAUUACUGUGCUGGAACUGCCAAUACCAAUGUGACAGGCCUCUGCUCAGCUGGAUUUUACUGCCCUGGGGGCCAGGACAGUGCCACCCCCUUAGACUACAACUGUACCAUGGGUCACUACUGUCCAGCUGGCUCUGGACAGCCAGUGCCCUGUGCUGCUGGGUCAUACCAAGACAAUGUAGGAUCUACAGCAUGUCUACCAUGUCCGGCAGGAAGUUACUGUGAUCCUGUGGAAGCUGCUGCCUCACUGGGAAUCAAUGGAACAGGAGUGGUCACCCCCACGGACUGUCCCCGGGGUCACUACUGCCCCCAGAGUACCCCCAGCAGUACCACCUACCCUUGUCCUUUGGGAACCUUCAACAAUGGCACAAAACUUCAGACAGCCAGCUCCUGUCUCUCCUGUACAGCUGGCUACUACUGUGGGGCUCUUGGCUUGACAGAACCAACUGCUCCUUGUGAUGCUGGUUAUGUGUGUACAAGUGGAGCUAACUCCUCCUCACCAACAGAUGGCACCACCGGUUACGUCUGCCCAAUGGGAGCAUACUGCCCAGCUGGUUCUGGGUUAGAGACCAAAUGUCCAACAGGAACAUUUAGUAAUCAGACUGGCCUCCAUAAUGUCUCCUCAUGUGAACAGUGCAUACCUGGAUGGUAUUGUAAUGUACAAGGCUUGACUUCUCCUGCUGGGAAAUGUUUGGCUGGUCACUAUUGCCUCCUGGGAUCUACUGAACAGAAUCCUAUUGGUCAGUCCUAUGGAGACUACUGUACAGCUGGUCACUACUGUCCAGAGGGCACAGGGUCCCCUGUUCAUUGUCCAAUUGGAACCUAUCUCCCCAGCACUGGACAGUCCUUACAGAUCCACUGUAUUGAGUGUGCACUAGGAAAAUAUUGUGACACUGUUGGACAGGCCAAUUUCACAGGUGAUUGCGAUGCUGGCUUCUACUGUGACCGAGGAGCCAACGUUAGCCAGCCCACUGACGGAGUCACAGGAGGGGUGUGUCCAGCAGGAAACUACUGCCCACAGGGGACUGCAGUCCCCAUUCCAUGUGAAGAUGGUUCUUAUAUGAAUCAUACCCAGGCUAGUCUGUGUGACCCUUGCCCUGCUAGAUACUACUGUGUUAACAAAGACAGAGCUGAUCCAUGUCCAGUUGGCAAAUACUGUAUUGGAAACACAGGCUUUAACUACUCCCUGUGUCCGGCUGGAACGUACAACCCUACAGAGCUGCUGAUGUCUGAGUCGGAGUGUAAGCAGUGUGAUGGAGGAUACUAUUGUGAUGUACCAGGCCUGUCUAAUGUGACCGCCCCCUGUGCUGAGGGCUACUACUGUCAGAGUGGAGUCAACACUGCAGCCCCCAACAACAACAACACAGGAUUCGGAGGUGGCUGUCCUGAAUCUCACUACUGUCCACUGGGCACCACUGACCCUAUCUCCUGCCCCUCCGGAACAUACAAUGACCUGACUCACCAGAAGAUCUGCAAGUCAUGUGAGCCUGGCUAUUACUGUCUGGCCAACUCCACCACAUACCUGUCCACACCUUGUCCUCCAGGUUCCUACUGCCCCAGUGGAACUCAGUUUUCCACAGAACAUCUGUGCCCAGCUGGUACCUACAACAAUAAAACCGGAGCCAACAGUGAAUUUGAUUGUCUACCUUGUACAGGUGGUAAAUAUUGCAAUGGAGAUGGCCUGUCUGAGCCCAGUGGUGACUGUGCUGCAGGGUGGUACUGCUCGGGUGGUGCCUACACAGACAAACCCACCACAUACAUCAACUCCACCACUCUGUACAGCACUAACUACUCCUGUCCUGUAUAUGCUCUCAACAACACCGGAGGCAUUUGUGAACCAGGAUACUACUGUCCAGGGGGAAGUAACCUGCCCCUCUCCUGCAGCCUUGGUAAAUACUGUGAUACCUACGAGCUGUCCUCCCCCACUGGGAACUGUUCUGCAGGCUACUUCUGUAACGGUACCGCCAGUGUCCCCAACCCCAGGGAGUGUGACAUGGGAUACUACUGCCCAGAGGGAACAACAGUACAGGUGGCCUGCCAACCAGGAACAUUCUCAAGAGAUUAUGAGGUACUGGAUGCACCAAAUGUGACCUUGUCAGGCUUGUCCUUCGGCGAUGUUGUUAACUACACACAAUGCACACCUUGUGAUCCUGGAUACUACUGCAGUGGACAAGGUAACACAGAGUCUGUGACUAAGUGCUCUGCAGGUUACUACUGUACAAAUGGUGCCUACAACUCCACCCCAACAGAUGGCACCACAGGAAACAUCUGCCCACCGGGCCGCUACUGUGAAGUGGGCAGCAUUACUGGAGUGGGCUGUCCAGUGGGCACUUACAGUAACCAGGCUGGGCUACAGAGCAGUUCAGAGUGUACCAACUGUACAGGAGGCUAUUACUGUGGAACGACAGGGCUCACAACAGAGUCUGGUCUCUGUCAUGCAGGAUAUUACUGCACCCUUGGAUCAGAAGAGCCAGCUCCCAUUGGUAAGGCCUAUGGAGACGUGUGCCCUGCUGGAUACUACUGUAACAAUGGCACCCACACCCCAGCACCCUGCCCCCCUGGCACCUUCCUCAACUCUACGACUAUGGGAGAUAUCAACGACUGUCUACAGUGUUCUCCAGGUUAUUACUGUGAUGGACAUGGACAGACAGCAGUGACAGCUCAGUGUGCUGCUGGGUACUUUUGUACUCUGGGAGCCAAUACAUCCACACCAACAGAUGGCAGCACAGGAAACAUCUGCCCAGAAGGCCAUUACUGUAUUCAGGGGUCUAGUAAACCUGAGCCUUGUGGAAAUGGAACCUAUAUGAACCACACUGGUGCCUCCUCCUGCUAUGUGUGUCCUGCAGGCUACUACUGUGUCAACAGAGACAGGGCAGAUAUCUGUCGACAGGGAUACUACUGCCCAGAAGGCACCGGGGCAGACCUACAACCCUGUCCCACAGGAAGUUUUGGAAACACCACAGGACUUAUCAAUGAAACACAGUGUACACCAUGUACAGGUGGCUCUUUCUGUGGCACCCCUGGAUCCUCCCAGCCAGAUGGGGAGUGUUUGUCAGGUUAUUAUUGUGAGACCGGAGUUGACACCUCCACACCCACAGAUUCUGGGGCCCACAAAGGCAUAGGAGGGCAGUGUCCCCUCGGGUCCUACUGUCCCAAGGGAUCGGCCACACCCACACCAUGUGCUGCUGGAACAUAUACCAGUGUCAAACAGAAGGGAUCUUGUGACCAGUGCACUGGAGGCUACUACUGCGUAAUGAACACCAGUGACCCCAACUCCUUCCCCUGCCCUGUGGGUCAUUAUUGUCCCCCAGGGACUCAGUAUGACACCCAGUACAAGUGUCCUGCCGGUACCUACAAUCCCCUCCCCACCCAGACCAGCUCCUCAGCCUGUAAGCUGUGUGACGCGGGUACUUAUUGCUUUGGGGAUGGAUUGAGUGCCCCCACAGGGAACUGUAGUCAGGGAUGGUUCUGUACAGGAGGAGCCUCAGAGACCAAACCACUACUGCUAGGAAACUACACCAAUAUAGACGUGUGUACCUGUCCAGCCAAUAACUACACGGGGGGUAAAUGUCAACCUGGGUCCUUCUGUCCUGGGGGAUCUUCUGCCCCAACAUUGUGUACAGCUGGAAUGUACUGUGAUGACUAUGAAUUGGCUACUCCUAAAGGAAAUUGUCAAGCUGGGUACUACUGUCCGAUUGGUCAAACUGAAGCUAACCCCGCCUCCUUUAUCUGUAUUGCUGGUCAUUACUGUGAGGAAGGAUCAGGCACCCCCACUCAUUGUCCAAUCGGAACCUUCUCCAACGCCACCGGGAACAGCAACGUCACGGACUGCAAACCGUGUACUGCUGGAUAUUACUGUGAUGGGCUUGGUUUGGUGGCUGAAACAGGACCAUGUACUGCAGGAUAUUAUUGCCCUGAGGGCCAAACUACUGGGGCACCAACAGCCUAUAUAUGUCCUACAGGAUCAUAUUGCCCCACAGGAAGUGCUCUACCAACCAUAUGUCCAAGAGGUAAAUACAACUAUCAGACCACCCAGGCCACCUGUCUGGACUGCCCGGCGGGGAAAUACUGUGACCCUCAUGAGAAUGGCAAUGUGACAGGAAUUGUGAUCCCGUCAAGCUGCCCCGCGGGUUAUUACUGCCUGCUGGGUACAGGGUACAACAUGACCUACCCCUGUCCUACGGGAACCUACAGUCCAAUCACAGACCUCACUGCUGCCAGUGGCUGUCCGUCCUGUGACCCCGGUAAAUACUGCCAGACCCCUGGUCUGACUGCCCCCGAGGGAGACUGUGCCAGUGGUCACUGGUGCAUGAAUGGGGCCAACACAUCUAUCCCAACGGACGGGACGACUGGUGAUGUGUGUCCACAGGGAAGUUACUGUCCAGCUGGCAGCUUCAGAGGAACCUACUGUCCACAAGGCACAUUUGGCAACACAACAGGACUGAGAACGGCCAAUGAAUGUAUCGCCUGUGAGCCCGGCUAUUACUGCCCCUCCCAGGGACAUACACAACCUUACGACCAGUGUAGUGCUGGUUACUACUGCUCUGGGGGAUCUAUUGAGGCCAGCCCUGUGGGUCAGGCCUAUGGAUACAUCUGUCCUGUUGGACACUACUGCCCACGGGGAACUCCGGUCUUGGUACCUUGUCCCAAAGGAACCUAUCAGCCAGGCACAGGAAAGUCCCAGCUGUCACAUUGUGUGGACUGCUCACCCGGUCGUUACUGUCUGGAAGCUGGUAAUGACACGACAACUGGGGAUUGUCAGGCAGGGUACUACUGCACUGGUAAAGCGGAGGUUCCCAACCCUACAGAUGGAACAACAGGAGAUAUUUGCCCUAUUGGUAAUUACUGCCCCACUGGUUCAUCAUCUCCCCGGCAAUGCAGUUCCACCACCUACAUGAACCACACCGGUGCAGCCGUCUGUUACACCUGUCCUGAGGGGUACAUGUGUACCUCGGGCAGCACUGCUGACCCCUGCCCCCAGGGAUACUACUGUCCUAUAGGGACUGGUACAGACAAGAAACCAUGUCCUGUGGGAACAUUUGGAGCGACAGACAGACUGAGUAACGAGACAGAGUGUACAGCCUGUACAGGAGGACAUUACUGUGACUCUCAGGCCCUGACCCUGCCAGCUGGAGGAUGUAGCGCCGGCUACUACUGUGUCUCAGGUGUGAACAUUGCCUCCCCUGCUGUGGCUGGGACCUUCCUUGGUGAUGGAGGGGUGUGCCCCCCAGGAACAGAGUGCCCUGUCAACUCCAGCUAUCCUACACCCUGUGCCCCGGGGAAAUAUGCUCCAAUGGGAACGACUGCAGCGUGUAGUGAUUGCCCAGCUGGUUACUACUGUGUAAAUGCCACUGUGACCCCCACUACUUGUCCAGUAGGACACUACUGUCCUAAGAACACAGAGUUUGAUCACCACUACCCAUGUCCUCCAGGAACUUAUUACAACCAGACUGGAGCCUUGGCAGCAACUGACUGUAUGGACUGCCCCCCUGGCCAGUACUGUGAGGGGACAGGCAAUGUUUACCCCACAGGCUUUUGUGACGAGGGAUUCUGGUGUGGAGGCAAGUCCUUCCAGAGACGACCGUAUGACACAGGAAACCUCACAGUUAUCAACGGCACUACCAAUGACUUGUAUUCCAAUGACACCUGUGCCCCUCUGUGGGGAUGUGUUUGUCCAGCAUUCCAAAUGACCAGCGGGGGAAUCUGUCCCAUGGGAUACUUCUGUCCAGUUGGGUCAUCUCAACCCUCAGCCUGUACCCCGGGCAUGUACUGUGAGACACCUGGACUGCCCCUCCCUACAGGAAACUGCAGUGCAGGCUGGUACUGCAAUCACACAAGUUCCACCAAAUAUCAACAUGUCUGUCCGGCUGGAUCGUACUGCCCAUCAGGAUCAGAUAUCCCCACUCCUUGUCCAGCUGGAACAUACUCCGGUCUGGAUAACAACGGAGCCCUCAGUGAUUGUGUCAACUGUACAGCGGGCCAGUACUGUCAUGGUCUUGGAAACACAGCUCCUACUGCUCAAUGUUCAUCAGGAUACUACUGCCCUGGGGGCCAGGAGACCAGCACACCCUCAGGACUGGAGUGCUUUGCAGGCCAUUAUUGUCCCCAGGGCUCGAAUUACCCCAUCAUGUGUGCCAAUGGAACCUAUCAACCAAGUCCAGGACAAGACAGCUGUCUCACCUGCCCAGCUGGAUAUUUCUGUGAUGCUGCAACAGGAAAUGUGACAUACGUGAAUGGAAAUCCUGUGGUGAACCCCACAGCUUGCCCCACAGGAUAUUACUGCCCUGAGGGUACAAUUUCUGGCCAGUCCUAUCCCUGCCCUAUAGGAACGUUUGGUCCCAACCAGUACCUGUUUGCCCAGGAGAACUGUACAUCUUGUACAGCAGGCUACUACUGUGAACAGGCAGGGUUGUCUGCCCCUACUGGAGAGUGCUAUGGAGGCUUCUACUGCACAGGUGGCGCUGAAGUUGCUGAACCUGUGCUUCACAAUGUCAAUCUGACCCAUAAUGUAACCUUCACUGGAAACGACAGAUGUCCAACAGGAUAUUUCUGUCCCAAUGGUACCAGCUACCCCCAGCCAUGCCCCAUAGGGACCUUUUCUGAGGUGAGAGAAGUGUCCCUGGAGAGUGACUGUCAGCCGUGUAGACCAGGGAGAUACUGUAAUCAACAGGCCUUCACCAUGAUAACCACGGCCCCCAACUGCUCAGCUGGAUACGUGUGCACAGGGGGUGCCAGUAAUCCUAUCCCCAAUGCAACACAUGGCUACAUGUGCCCCACCGGUCAUUUCUGUGUGGAAGGCACCACACAGGAGGAGGGCUGUCCCCUGGGGACAUACCAGUCCAACAUGGGUCAGGACCAUUGUCUCAACUGUCCUGCCGGCAAAAUGUGCACCGAGAUGAACUUAACCCUGCCACUGGAUUGUAGAACAGGCUAUUACUGUUUGGCCGCCCAGGACCCCAUACCUUGUCCUAACGGUACCUAUAACAACGCCACAGGAAUGGAUGACCUCACAGACUGUGUGGACUGUCCAGUAGGAAAAUACUGUGAAGGAAUCGGGAACAGUGUCCCUGAUGGUGACUGUGAUGCUGGAUAUUUCUGUGAGGGUGGAGCCAUCAGCCGUGCCCCCUCCCCCUCACUGACCUACCCCAACAAUGGACCAUGUGACCCAGGGAGAUACUGUGUGUCAGGGACCAGCAGUCAAGUAGAGUGUCCUGCCGGUACCUUCAGAAACAACUCAGGAGCUGCAUCAUUAUCAGAUUGUCUCCCCUGCACUGGUGGUUACUACUGUGCAGGCACUGGACUGACCUCACCCACCGGCCUGUGUUCUGCCGGCUACUACUGUCCAGACAAAGAAAACAGUUCUUCUGCCACACCCACUGGCUUCCAGUGCCCAGCAAACUACAUGUGUCCAGAGGGAACCGCUGACCCCAUAGCCUGUCCAUCCGGGGAGUACCAGGCCAAUCCUGGGAAAUCCACGUGUGACAAGUGUCCAGCUGGCUAUUUCUGUAACACAACUGGAAAUGUGCCAAUCAAAUAUGACUGUCCACCAUUCCAUUAUUGUCCAGAAGGAACCUGGAAUCCAACAAACUGUCCUGAUGGAACAUUUACCUUCUCCAAUAUGACUAAUCUGGAAUCUGCUGCUGAGUGCUUGCCCUGUCUACCUGGAAAUUACUGCAGAGGAGGACAAAUUUCCAGUGAGUGUUUAGCUGGUUACUGGUGUAAAUCUGGAUCAAGCAAUAACCUUGUCAACAGAACCAUGGAAUUCCAAAACUGCUCAGCCAAUCAGGACUGUUCUGGCCUGUGUCCCAGAGGUUACUAUUGUCCCCAGGGUAUAGAUCUACCUGUCCCGUGCCCCGAGCAUACCUUCAGAGGUACAGAAGGAGCUGAGACUGCCGCUCAAUGUGACCCUUGUCCUGCUGGCUUCUACUGCCCAUCAGGCACUGCUGAUCCUGACCCCUGUCCCAUUGGUUAUUACUGUGAGGAGGGAAAUGGUACCACUGAAUGUCCCAGACUGCAAUUCAGAAACAUCACAGGGGCAGCAACUGUGUCUGAUUGCUUCCCCUGUGUGGCAGGGUUCUACUGUAAUGAGACAGGUAUGUCUGAUUACUCUACCUAUCCAUGUCCACCUGGAUUCUAUUGUCUGGAGGGGUCGGAGCCCAUACUCUGUCCUGCGGGUAGGAUGAGAGAUAGUGCAGGGGCUGAGAAUUACACAGACUGUGAACUUUGUCGCGGUGGUUACUAUUGCCCCAAUGACACAAUCAAUACACAAGGCAUCCCCUGUAGAGCUACUUAUGAAUGCCCCACGGGUGCUUCCAUAGAAAUUGACUGUCGCCCAGGACAUUACUGCCCAGGUGUAACUGGUACCCCGCCCAUCUGCCCACCAGGUUACUACUGUCCAAACGCAACCGAGACUCCCAUUUUAUGUGUGUACCCAUUCUACUGCCCACAGGGAAGCAAUAUGACCUUGGCCUGUGACCUUGGAUAUCAAGCAUUGACCCAUGCUGGCAUUAGAUAUGACAAAGCAAUGUCAUGUAGAAUCUGUCCACCUGGCUAUUAUGGAAAUUCUACUACCAGAGCCACCUGUGAGCUUUGUCCAGCUGGAUUCUAUUGUCCAGAAGGAACUGGUCAUGGUAACACAAAUGCCUGUCCAAUUGGCACAUACUGUCCUAUAGGCUCAGAUCAUCCCACAAACUGCCCUGCUGGGUACCGAGGGGAGAAGCUUCGAGCUGAGAGUUUCUAUGACUGUCAUGGCUGCCCUGCCGGAACGUACAGUGAUACAGAGGCUGCCACUCACUGUAAGCCUUGUGGAAGCUCCUCCUACUCCACAGGAAACAGCUCCAUCUGUACCUGUCUAGGGAAGUACCGCUCCUUCCAGAAGUCUGUAGGAUCCUGUGUGUGCCUGUCUGGCUAUAUCUACUAUGAUGAGACCGACACCCAGCAAACAGAGGAGAACUCUGAUGAAGACUGUCAGCAGAUCGUGGACACCAGAUGUACAGAGUAUGAAGUACGGCUCUCCUCCACCAGGCAGUGCGUCCUCAAGGAAUUGGUCAAUUGUAACGCAGGAUGUGACCCAUCCGGAUAUCUGGACGUGGAACUUGGAGUGUGUCUGUGUAACAACUUGAUAGCGGCUGACUCUGUCUGCGAUGCCUCAUGUCUGGCUGUAGCCCCAGCUGUAACAGCAGAGUUACAGAAUGAUGGAACACUACAAGUGACAAUCACCAACUCAAGCGGCCAUGUGGUGGAAGCAAAGACAAUGACGGACAUAUUUGGCCCACUGGAGAGUACCAAUGGUGUGAAAGGGGUGAUGGUGGUCAACUUUUAUGAUGACCGCAUCACAGCAUCAAUCUUUAGAGAUCAGAAUGAGGCUAAGGAUUUGUUCUUGACAGCUGAAGAGAUGGCCAAUGGAGUGACCAAUGCUCCGGGGACACACAUCGGUAGACGUCGUCUGCUGACCACCACUGUCCCCAAUAACCAGAUCUCAAACAGCAUUCUGUGUCUGGAACUCAAUGAAAUGGUCAUGUUUAAAGUCUGGAUCAACGACACUGACCGCACCAAGAGCCACUACCCAGUCUAUCUAAAGGACCAUCUGUUCAGCAAUAACCCUAACUUUGACUAUGGACAGUUCCUGGCUCUGAAGAACUUGAUAGAGACAACCAAUGUUAAUAUCUCUACAUUUGCCUUUGUCUUCACAGAAGCUGGAAAUUAUGUCUUCCAGGACUACUCCACCUCCACAUCCCUGAUCUACAUUAAAGUGAUGAAUGCUGGCACCACCUGUGGUACUGGGUCCAGAGUCCAGGCAGCCACUGCCUCCAGUCUGGUGUCACUUGGAUUCUAUAAGGCAAACCCCAGCAAUGUGGCACCGGACUGGGGACUUAUAAUUGGUAUGAUCGCAUUCUUUGGUGUUCUGGUCUUGUUACUUGUCAUUGCUGUGUUGGUCUGGAGACCUGUAGAGGCUGGGUUAUACCCCAUGAAACACUGGAAACCCCAGUACCGCAGCCUGGGAGCCCCACCCCCUGUCACUUCCUAUCUGAGAUACAAGCCAGGGUCCUGGCCUGAACAAUCCAUUGGCCUGGGAGAGAGAGUGACUGGUGAUGGAGCAGAAGCAGAUGUUCUGAACUCUAUGGCUGUCAAAGGAGUAGAGGAUCUGGAGAACUUCAAUGUGAGAGUUUUCUAUGACAAACUGGAAGAUCAGAACCUCCACCUGGCAUCACAGAUGGCCAAACAACAGGAAGACCUGAAAUCCUUCUACAAGAAGAUCUGUGACCAGAACGAGGAGCUCAAACAGCUGCUGAAGAACCUGGAUCCCGCUAAACUGGAGGAACUAGAGAGGAAGGUGGCGGAGCGGGCCAGACAGGAGGAGGGCAUGCAGAGAGGAGCAGGGGACGUCUUCAACAUCAUCAACGGAAAAACUAAUAUGAGAGAUGGAAAAUACAGAUUUGCUGGUGGAAACAACAGAGAGGCAGAGUUGAUGACUGCCCUACAGCUCCUACUGAACAGACUGAAUUCUGGAAACUUACCAAUCAGUCAGAGUGUGUGGGAGGAGAUACAGAAGGGAGGAGUAGUACCUGAUGGAGGGUCUGUUACCAACAUAAAUAGACUGCCUGGAGGCAGGGGCAAACAGGGUGAAGUGCUCAGAAAACAGAGAGAGGAGAGAAUGCAGCUGGAACGAGAAUUACAGCAGGAUGAGAAUGACCAAAUCUCAGACCUUGUGUCUCGUACCGAGGACCAGCGUAAAGACACCGUCAACAUGAUGACUAAUGGGCUUGCUGGCAAGCUUGAGGGUGACCCCAAAGAUGCACAGGUCAAGGACAUUUUAGACAAAUAUGAGAAGGACCUUGAUGCUAACAUGAACAAGUUUAACAUGGAGAAAGAGAAACAGUUACAAGAUUUAAGAAGAAAGUUGGCUGAGAAGAGAAGGAGAAAGGAAGCUCAACUAAGAGAAAAACACAAGCAAGAGGCUGAAGAAGCAGGUCUUCCUCCACCUCUUGAAGAAGAUGACCACGUGGCCGACACAAAGAUCCGACAGUCUGAGGCCCUGUAUGACGCUCUGCUGGCAGAGGAGGCUGCUGGGGCCGCUAAAGGAGAGGGCGAGACCGACCACCAACUUAAUGAGGACAAACGCAGACUGGAGUCAGAAAAACUCCAGGAACAUCUUAAUCAGCUGACUCAACAGGGCAUCAUUACAGCCCAACAGAAGGAUGAACUUCUCAGGAAACACUUAGAAGCUGAGCAGAACCUGAAGAAGGUUCAUGACCACCAGAGGGAGACACAGGUGUCUCACCUGAAAGACAAGCUGGCAGACAGACGCAAGAAGAAGUUGGCCAAGCUACGCAGGGAACAGGAACAAGAGCUGUCUGAUCUGUCUUCUAAACUUAUCCAAGAUGGAAAUACUGAAGAUUUAGAACAAGAAUUGGAACAACUGAAGAAUCUUCAUAAACAGCAAAUGGAGGCCGCUGAAGCAGAACUCGAUGCUGAGGAGAAGGAACACGAACGACGCAUCAUAAAGAAGGUGGAUGAUGAACAUAAUGAGGCUUCAAAGAAGAAACGCAAUGAAAUAUUCAAACAGAUUGCUGACCAGUGCCCAGAGAAGCAGCAGACAGCUAUGCAGCGUCUCCUUGACAACUAUCACCAUGACACCGAGACUCUGGAACAAGAGUUAGCAGUACAGAGAAGUCGUCACAUGGCCGACCUUCAGGCCAAGCUUGCUGCCAGAAGAGCCCGUAAAUUAGCGGAGUCUCAGAGGAAACUGGAUGGGGAGGAGCAGCAGAGGUUGAUUUCAGAACAGAAUCGUCAGAUGCAGCAAGGAGGGGGCGUGGAGGAAGAAGACACAGACCUAGCCCAUGUCCCUAAAGUCCAGUACAGUCAGUCCACUGAAGAGCUGGCUCUUCAGAAGGAACAGGAGAGGAUCAGAGAAGAAAUGAAGAAGAGACAGAAACAGGAGAGAGAUAAGGUGGUAGAAAGGUUGGAUGCUGAGGAAGAGAAAGAAGAGAGGUCACUGGCCAAGGAGCUGGACUCCCAGAAGGAGAAGUUACUGAGGGAGAAGAGAAACCGACAGGCUACCGAGCUGUCCUCACGUAAAGACCUGACUGAGGAUCAAAUGAAAGAGCUUAUGGCCUCGCAUGAGCAAGAACUUCAAGAUCUAGCAGAGAAAUUAGAGAAUGAGAGACACAGACAAUUCCUGAGUUUGAAGGAGAAGCUCAAUGCUAAACGUAAUAGAAAGAUGGAUGAAGUACGCAGAAAACAAGAUGUGGAGACCACUAAAGAGAUGCUUGAACAGAAGAAAGAAGUCGACGAAAUCAAAUUAAAGAAGGCUAAAGGUGUUGAACAUGAAGCCAUUGUGGAGGGAAUAAAACAGAACGGUGAGGAAGAUACAGAUAAAGUGGUCAGGGCUGUUCUGGCAAAGAGACACGCUCAGGAAAUGCAGGAUCUUGAGAACCAGUUUAAGAGUAAGAGGAAACUGGUGGUGGACGACGCUCUCAGUAAGCUGCACGAGAAGUACGACAAACUGCGGGACAGUCUGUCCAAACAGCACCAGGAAGAGUUAGCUGCCCUUCAGAAGAAGGGAUUGAGUCCUGAGGAGUAUCAGCACCAGAGAACACAGCUCCUGAACAGACAGCAGCUGGAGAUGGCAGAGCUGGAGAGGAAACUGUCUGAGGAGGAACACGAGAUAGAGAAGGGGGCACUAACAGACUGGGAAGUCCAGUACGCCAGGGCCAAACUGGAGCUCAAGGAAAAACACUACAAGGAAUUUGCUGAGGCACUGAAGGAAUUUUCACCAGAACAUGAUGGCAUUAAGGAAGCUCAGCAUAAUGUGGAGGAACUGGAGAAACUCAAACAUGAACUGGAACAAGAACGCAAAAACCAGUUAGAGCAGGCCAAGAAAGAACAACAAGACUUUGAAAAGAAUGAGAAAAAGCGUUUAGAGGAAGAAAUGGAAGAAUAUGCAAAACAACUAGAAAAGGACACCAUUCGUGAAAAAGAACAGCAAGACCGCAAGAUUGAACAGCUUAAUAAACGCAAAGAAGACAUGGUCAAGGAAAAGAAACAGAAAAUGAAUGAGGAACUUGAGAAGAUCAGACAACAAGGAGGCAGUGAGGAUGAACAGAAACGCUUGAUUGAACAACAUGAGCGUGACUUACAGAAUAUACUUAAUAAGAUGGAUGCUGACAAGAUGAGAAUGCAGAGUAAUCUACAAGAGAGGCUGAAAAAGAAGAAGGAAGAAAGACUGAAAAAUAAACAGGAGGAGCUGAAAGAAAACUUCAAAGACCACAAACGAGAAAUGGAACAGAAACAGAAGAGUGAAGCCAACAGAAUCAAGAAGAAUGAGGCAUUGACCAUCCAAGAGAGCAUCAGUUCAGGCUAUGUCCCCCAGCGUACCUCCUCACCACCCCCAAAACAAGACUACCACUCUGACACAGAGGAGCCUGAGACCACAGCACCAGCCCAGGAGCCCAUGCCAACCUCCUACCAGAUGGCAGCACCUCUCAAUGAGGCAGAACUCAUGGCCCUCCUCAUGGCAUCACCAGUAUACCAGAAACUGGAACAAAUCAAGGAUUCUGUCAAAAACGGAAUCACACCACCCAAACAUAGAAUGGAUCCUGGUGAAGGGUAUCAAGAUACCAGAGAUGCUGAAUGGUCAAAGGACACAGAACUGGUCCCUGUGGACAUUGGGUCUCUGAAUGCCCGCUCCUUCAUUGUUUACAAGUUUGGCUGCUUUGUCACUGACCUCGUAUCAUCCAGGUGUCAUCACGCCCCAGUAACCAUCCUUCUGGCUGACAAGAUCCCCUCCAACAAGAACCUGGCCAGGAAUGCCUUUAGGAAUUCCUUCCAUUAUGAUGCCAACAACAGGAUUCUCUAUAUUAGAGUAGCCCGGCUAGACACAGUGGGGGAUUUCAUUGUGGUGCUCAUACAUUCCCUUGCUCACAUCAAAGCAGGAGACCUUAGAGAUGACAGUAACCCCGACUUCAUCAAGGAAUACAACAAAGCUCUGGCAGUUGUCUGCGAUGAUCUCUUCUUCGCUAGAUACAGGAGAACAACAGGUAACUCAACCAUCUCCAAAUCUACAGGAGUAAACUCAGAGCAGGCAGCCCUUCAGAUGCUGCAGGCAAUGUUUAGCGGCUGUCGCACAGAGGAUGAAAAAGUCAAGAUGGUGGAUGAUCUGUUGGAUGUCAAACUUCUGCCUGGCACUAAUAUGGAGGGUGUGCACUUCAACAAGGAGAGAUUGACAGACAGAUUAUCCAAAUACUCUGGAUUUAGCAACCUAAACCAACUACAAAACAUGUUGGGCAAUAUGGAAGACAAAAUGACCCAGGCGAAAUCUCAGGGCACCUCUAAAGGAUCUGUUGAUCAGCUGUCUACACUCAGUCAUAGAUUCUCCACUUCAGGUCCUCCCUCAGCCCUUAACAAGUUACCCCCAUUCCGCUUUGUGACUGCAAACAUGACAGGACAGGCACUGUGGCAGACAUUUGUCAACCAUGAAGAUGGGGAAGAGGAAAAUGUUCCAAAAGAGGAGGCCGUACAAGACUCACUGGAAAUUCUUCAGGAACGCCAUGACAAUUUAACGGCAGACUUUUCCAACAUCAACUCUGAAAUCAUUGAACUACAGGACCGUUCUCACUCACUGGAAGAGGAGCUAGCAGCCGAGACCAAACUCAUGGAGACCACCAAGGAGAAAGAGAAACAUGCUCAGCUCGCAAAGAAAGUCCGAUCUAAACUCAACGACACUCGAGCAAGAAUUGCAAGGCUUGAAAUGGAGAAAAACCUGAUGUUAAGAAAAUUGGCUGAGUGUGAGAAAGAUAUUGAAAUAAAGAAACUAAGGCCACAACAAAAUGAGGAGAAAACAGUGACAUUCAGCACAGAUAGCAAGAAAAAAUCUAAAAAAUAAAUUACUCUUAACAAUGCUGUGGACACUGAUUGCUUGAUGUUCAGUUUUGAUUAAUUGGCAAAGAAUAUGUAUGAUUUGUACUCAUUGGUUUGUUUAAAUAUACCAAUAUCAAUAUUUUUUUAUUAUUUCAUAAACAAGAAAAAUAGAUGUUGAAUUAUGAGAAAAGUCAUUUAUGAUAUAUGUCUCCAUUUUAUAAGUUAUUAACUUCCAAUGCUUUUCAAGUAGAUAUCUAAUUUUGAUACCAUUAGAAUUUAAUUUAUGUCAUUUCCUGAUGAUAAUUUUGUAAACUUUUUUUAAAGUCAAAAAUAUAACCUAAUCUAACAGUUUGGACACAUCACUAAGUGUGACAUGAUUCUAAAGGAAUGUUGUUAAUAUAGACUGAGCAUUUAAUUUUUUUUAUUCUUAACUGUUGCAUAAUUUCUUCUUGUAGACAUACAUGAUGUAUUUUUAUACCACAAAUGUUCUCUGUUUUUUCCUUUAAAUCAAUGUCCUCACUCAUGAGAAAAUCGCAUUAUUAUAAUAAUAAGCAUAUGAUACAACUGUGAUACUUUAUAUUUGAUAUAUAUGUAUUUUGAUAAAGGAUUUUAUAUGUUUUUUUUUUUCAAUAUUACUCAUGUCAUCAGUAAAAUCCUUAAAAGCAUUACUCAUUAAUGAUACUUGAUUAAUAACUAGGUCCGUUCUGUGUUUGACGUCAUGACUAUUUCACCCUAUCCUGUUUGAUAAAGUGCAAGACCCCCUUUUUGUUUGCCUUUUUUUGCUACUAUCAGUUUGUUUUUGACUUGAGAUUAAAAUGUUUCUUUGAUUGUUUACACAGAUGCUUAUAGUUUUGUUAUAAAUUUUUCCUCAAGGUUUACACCGAAUUGAUUUGUGCAAUAUCUGUGUUGUCUAAGAAAAUCAUUUCAAUGUGAAAUCGACUCCGUCCAAUAUUUAUGUCCAAUAUUUAUUUUUAUUUUGAUGCUAUGCAUACUUGUACACGCAAGGAAGAUUCUCUGUAAAAAUCAAAAUACUUUUGUCUUGCAAGUGCAAUUAGCUUUGCAAAUGGCUAAAGCUUAGAUGGAUUUUAUUUUGUGUUUUCCCUCUGUUAUUGUUUAUUGUUACCAAAUAUAAACCAUCAACAUUGUUAACAGUUUUGUAUAUUUAUAAACAAAGUCAUUUGAAUCAUUUGUAUAGUAUUCAUCAAGUUCAUUGAAUCUUUUGUAAUAAAUUUCCUAUGAUCAUGAA